AUGAGUUGCUCAACUCUUUUCUACCAUCUCAUAUUCCUCUCGAUUCUCAUACCCACCAUCACCGGCUACCGAGUCCGUUGGCUGGUCAUGGAGCUGAAGUCCUUCCAACUCCAGCCCAACUGUCUCAUGAACGAGUUGUGCCGCGAACCGCAGCUCAAGACGGUGCUGCGAGCCGGCGCGCAAACAAGUCUGGCGUCCCUCCUCAAGCUGAACACAACUCCACAGGUAAUGGGGGAGGAUUUUAUGGCGUUUCGUGUUUGGUUUUGGCGUUUUGGUCUUGUUUGCAUUGUGAUUUAUCAUAUGGUUAUGAUCAGUGAGGAAUGGCGAGACAUUUGGAAUGAGUUUUUCGCUUUUUUAUUUUUAUUGGGGGACUUUAUGGAGUUCGUUUUUUAUUUACUUUGGAAAAAAUUUAUUUCCAAUGAAACUUUUUGAGAUUUGGCGUAAAUACUCUACAUGGGGCUGGUAUUAAUUACUAAAAAUCUUAGCUAAGGUUUUGCAGUUAUAGCUGAGAUAUUGAACGAUAUUUUAAUCGACUAAAACGGAAGUUUUCGGGCAGCAAAUCAUUUUUUGGCCCAAAGUUUCUGCUUGCAGCUAGAAAAAAAUUUAUUUUUUUGUUGAAUCAUUUCAUUUUUUUGUUAAACUCAUCAAGAUUUUUCAAGUCGAGGACCUCAAAAAAGAUAAAAUUUGCCCAUUUUUGGCAAAAAUUUUAUGAUGAUUUUUGGUCUUUAAAUUUUUAUUUUAACUUGGCCAAACUUCGUCUUCUCCAUUGAUAUCUCAUCAAAUCUUUUCUGGUCUAAAAUACCAUUUUGUCGUUAAAUUUCUCUCUCUACAAUAAUAUUUUCUGUUUCACCGUGUGUUUGCAUAAACUACCGGAAGUGAUUAUUGAGGUACCUCUAAAACAAAUCGUUUCUAAAAAAUCUUGCGGGGAUUUGACUGUAGUUUGGCAAACAUUGAACUUAUCAGAAUUUCAGUUUUGAAAUUUUCAAAGUCAAAGUUUUUUUCGAUUUUUGGCCAAAAAGUUUUCAAUAAGUCAUAUCAGUAUGUUGGGAAAAUAAGGUGGGUUUGUCGCACAAUGUCUUGCCUCGUCGCAGUAGGUCACAAAGCUUCCAGUUAGCCGUCGCAAAGUGGCUAACUAGCGAUUUCAAAGCGCUACGAACCACAUUUUUUUUUCGACAGACUGAUACUACUAACGCUUUAUAAUUCAUUCUACAGAGCUUUCAUUGCACAAGCAUCCACUUUAUAUUGACCUAAACUCUCUCUAUUUCCCCCACUUUUCCCUAAUUUGCGGUAGUUUUUGAUGUUUUAUAAUUGCCUCUCUUGUAAGGCGACAAGUCCUCGACUGUGCCUUAUAAAGGUAACGCGAAUCCCCCACUGUGUGGAAGUCAGUUUUUCCUUUUUUGCGGAUUUAUUAAUUGAGGAUCGGCAGGGAAAAUAAAAACCCUUGUUUUGUUUGUAAUCCGUAAAAGGAAAAGCGGGCCCUAAUGAUCCGGAUUUGUGGGGGUUCAAACGGAUUUGAGAUGUUUUGGGGAUGCGUUAGUUGGAUUCAUUAGAGUAAUGAGGCUGAUUGGGGGUAAUAGUAAAGAAAAUAGCUAUUUUAUGUAAGAAGAUAAAAAUUUUGAUAUUUUUUGACUGUAAAAACACUGUAAUUUUUGGGUAGAAAAGGCCGUUAUUUUUGGAAAAAAAUCAGAGUGCCAGCGACAGCCCAAAAAGGAAUAUUGGACGGUGAAAAAGCGACAAUGUUUACAGUGCAAGUAACACUUUUGUUUUUCGCAGGGCAUGUCGCACAACUGACUAUAUCGACCGCAAUUAGCGUCAACUUUUGGCGACACCUCUGCUCUGCUAUGCAGACCUCUUUUCCAACGAGUUUCGCUCAAAUAAUCAUCAUAUCUCUGAUCCAUCGGGCUUACACUGCCUCCUAAUACAAAUUCCGUUCGUGUUUUGUCCGCUGGACCGUAAACAGUGCGCCUCUGUUCGGCUGGAAAUCAAAGCCCUUAACAUGUCGCAUCGCUGUUUCCGGUUGCGCAAUCGCCGCCAAACUUGGCACUAGCGCCGCUUAAAGAGAGCUUUGUCGGCAAGAGUCUCUUAUAACUCGAUCUUUACGCUAAUUUAAGUGGACUAUUAAGAAUAUUACCAAUGUUUAAGGGCGCUGGGAACUAAUGAGAUCAAUUUGGUGUAUAAUGAAAGGAGCUAUCAAAGUGUGAAAUGUAGAAUAGAAUUUGAUAGAUAAGAGGGAAAAAUUUGAGUAAAAACUUGUGAAGACGCAAGCCAAGCCACUAGCUCGCACUUUGCGGAAGGCAUUGAAAGUUCGCGUUGAAUCUUCGACGCAAAGUUGUGAUAUCAGUUUGUCGGGAAAAUAAUGAACACCCCGUUCGCCGCCGUGAUCAAAUUAUUGCCAAAGAACAAACAAUCCUUGUAAAACAAAACGGUGAAAAAACGAACGAACUUUCUGGAUUACUUAAUACUUUUUGUAUCAGCAACAUUGUCCUCAUUACUUUCCCGACAGACUGAUGUUUCAGACGGAAAUAUUUUUUGUUUGGCUUUUCAGACUCUUUGGCUUGAAAAAAAUCGUUGAAAAUUGCGGCUGCUUCUGCAACGCGCGAGUUUAAAUUCUCUGGAAUUGAAGUGUAGCGUAGCGGGACCAGGUAGUCCAAAUUUCAAGGAAAUCUUUGCAGUCAGGGCCUCCCUUUAUAGAUUUCUUAUUGCAAUGUGUCACCAAACCCAAGAAUAGCUUUAUUUUGUAGUUGCAUCUUAAUUUCCACCCCUUUAUUAGAACUAAACCCGCAAUUUCUUCUGCUAGAAUCAAUCGUAAAACCCUCUUUUCGUUUCUUUAUGUAAUUUGAAUCCCGAAAGUGAUGGACAGCCAGUGAUUUUUGCGGCAGAAUCGCGGGUGGAUUAAAGGAAGAAAGGGAGACCGCGCCGGCUGUAAAGAUGUUUUUCUUGUUGAUCUCGACAAAUUUUUGGAGGGAUCUCGAGCGAAAAAACAGAAACAUAUUUGAGGACGGGAAGGUAUGUAUGUAGUAAAAAGAAACAGCACAUGUCGAAAAAACAAUAAAAAGAUAGUAGUCUGAGUCGCUGAAAAAAGAAAAAUACACUGUGGGUUGGCGACAAGUGGGAAAAAGUUCAAAAUGACUGUAAAAUCAAAAGAGAAAAAAUGUCUAUGCACUUUAUGAAAAUACUAAAAAAGGAGCUUUGUUGUACGCGGGUUCAUUUUAGCCUAAAAUUGCCCCUCGGGGCCAGCAAAAUCGUAUGUUGCAUGGAGGGUGCGUUGGGCAGAGGCUUCAUUGGAAGAAACAACUUUUUUAAAGGCCUUGCAAAACUGUUUGAAGAUUCCACGCUAACUUUUUGUCGCUAGAAAUUUUUAUAAGAAGGUAAAAGACCAUCUUCCCUCAAUAAUUGACCGGUAUAAUCCGCAUUGUCCAUGGGUUAAUCCUCGAAACAAUACCGGGCCCAUUGUUCGGUCUAACGGCGGCAAUUUUGCAUUGUUCGGGAGUGUGACCUUGACCAAGGUAAUUUGGCAACGUUUAGGUGUGAAAUAAUGACAAAAGAGAAUAGUACCGGAAAUUUAAUUUCUCUUGUAAAAAUACUAUAUAGUAAUGUUAGUUUGUCGGGAAAAUAAUGUGGAUUCGUUGAGCCUCGGAAUCGCCCGUCAUCGCUGGAGAUUUGGUGUGCGACUGCGAUGAGGGAGACAUUUUGCAGCGGCAUUUUUCCUGACAGACUCAUAGUUCGUUAUAGACAGGUUUCGUUGUACGGAAGCUUGUUGUACAGAGUGUAUCUUUCAUUGUAUAUUUUUAAGCUAUUGCCCUCUGGCAUCAUUAAAAAGUCAUUUUCCAAGAAGCCUUAAAAAAUCUGAAGACCACUUCUUUCAAGGGAUUGUCAUAAAACAAAUCGUGUCUGUAACGAACAGAGAUCCCUGAAGUCAAUUAUAAACCAAAAUGAACCUCCAAACAUUCAGAAAUUUCUGGGGUUUUGAAUUAAAAGACAGGGAUCAUUGAGCAGAAAAUACAUCAAAAAUGCCUUGACUGUUUAUGUCUUACUUUUUCAAUCUUGUGACACUUUUAUUUCAUUACUUUUCGCAAUUUCCUAAACAGAAUUACAUUAGCCAUAUGCCGUCAAUUUUUGCCAAAAACAAAAUUAGCCAUGGAAGUUCAAAGUCAUCUAGUUUCAAACAUCUCUUUCUCUAGAUAUGAAUCUCCAUACCCUUUUCUUUAUCUCUCUCAUCACCAUCUCCCUCAAAGACCCAAACGCUAAUUUUAUUGUCCAAUUUUACGAUCUGACGCCUCGUUAAUUGCAGGAUGGUAUCUUGGAUCGGAUCGUGAGCAAUCCGUUGGAGCCGGUGCGCCUCAGCGACAUCAUUGUGUCGGCGGAGAUCAGCGGCACUGAUCCGGCCUUCAACUUUGUACGGAUCUGCGACAACUCCACCAAUGAGCAGUUGAUGGUGCCCGCGGAGGAUGGGGUAAGUAGAAUGCGGUCUUGAGAUGAUUUUUAAGUUAUAUACGAAAAACUUGAAUCAUUAACCAGCUUGAGUCACAAGGGACAUAAGCGAGAUUUUUACCGCAAAAAAUGCAAUGUCAGUCGGUUGGGAAAAUAAUGAGCACCCUGCCGACGCGAAAAUCGCAUCGCCGCCAAGAAAAUGGAUUGUGUUGUGACAAAAUCAGAUUGGUUUUCAAUUCGGCGACCUCGAUUAGCGCAUCGACAGAAUUCUCAUUAUUUUCCCCCACAGGCUGAUACUAGUCGCGACAUAAAGUCCUGACACAUUUUCUGAAAUGAAAAGCAAUUUGACGACGCCACGAAGACAAUUCAUUUUCUCGGCGGCGACGCGAUUUUCGAUCCGACGUUUCGCUCAUUAUUUUCCCGACAGACUGAUACAAUAUUAUAGUUUUGCCAACUUCUUUAUUACCCUUCAUUUUUAGCCUCCCAAUUCUCCGCAGUUUUUGUGUGAAUGUUUAAUUAGGGCAUUAUGUAAUCCAAGAACCCCAAGUCUAUUAUAUCCAUGGCGUUAGCAGGGCCGUUGCGCAACCGAAUCCCUCCUCUCAAGCCAUGAAUAAUGGCACUCUGCAGAUUAAAUGACAUAAUCUGGAGGCGAGGGGAGGGAAGGGCAGCUUGAUUUUUGCAAUAUAAAAUGAGAAAGCAUCGAAAAUAUCCAGAUUUUAAGUCAAAAGCGGUCCAGAAUAUGUUAUAAUAGUAAAAAGAUCGUCAAGAAUCAGUCUGUCAGGAAAAUAAUGAGUACUCUGUCGCAGCGAAAUCGCAUCGCAGCUGAGAAAAUGAAUUGUGUCGUGGCAAAAAUCAACUUGUUUUUCACUUCAGCCACCUCGAUUGGCGUUGCGACUAUUAUUUUUUACUUAUUAUUUAUCCGCCAGACUGAUAUACUUAUUAUUUAUCCGACAGACUGAUAUUGAUGACGAAGGCAUUGAAAAAUCUUAUUUUCGCUGAAAAAUCAUGUUAGAGCCCUUAAAAAUGAUACACUUACAACUUACUGAACCAUCAUUUUUCAGGGAGGAGACCGCAAGAUCUACCAUCUCCACUUGAAAGGCAACUGUUUCCGUGCCCUGAUCCAUGUCAGCGUGCACGAAAACGCUUGUCCUUGGUGCAUCUUCAACGCCGAGUCGAUUAUCGCCGAGGACAAGGAGCAACAAGACAUCUCUCCGACUCUGCUCAGUGUCAUCUGCAUUGUCUCCACCCUGAUCUCACUGGCCCUCUUCGCCGCCUGCCUCAUCAUGUGUCGGAUAAAUCGUCGGCUAGCGCGGUCGGUGCGACGCUCCGAGUCCUCUAGUUGCUCCCCGUCCACACAGAACACCUCCUCCUCCGACUCGGGCUACGAUGUGCCCUGGCGACAUUAUCAUGGCGGUGUGCGAGCGCAACGAAUUAUUCGCGGGCCCAGUCAAAAUAGCGGCCAGAAUGGGACCUAUCAUCGGCCAACUACCAUCAUUCCACAGCACGCCAUUCUGGAUGAUCAGAGUUUGCUGCGAUUGUCGCCUUCGGAGUACCCGCACAAGCCCUCAAUGGGGGUGUGUCUGAACACGGCGCAGAAUCGGAUGGGACUCAACGAGAGUACGAUUCAUAUAACGGCGGUGCCGUUCAAAGAGCAUCACGAUGACUCGGGAAGGGAUAGCAUCUGA